AUUUCCGGUUUCCCAUAAUACCGUUUCCUGUCAUGGCGGCCAACAACCUUUCAUAACAAGGUAGAAAACGGCUCACUAAGACUAUUUUCUUCCACUUGAAAUAUCCUAUGACUCCAAAUCGAUGUUAAAUUGAGUUUUGGGGGAAAAUGCCGAAAUAUUAUGAGGACAAGGAAGAAGAUUACAGAGCCUGCGCCGGCGUCAGAGAGGACUUUAAAGCCUGUCUCCUUCAGCAUGACUGCGUGGUGAAAGAAGGGAAGAAACCCAGCGAGUGUUUGAAGGAAGGCCACUGCAGAGCGCUGCAGACAUCCUUCUUUGAGUGCAAGAGGUCGAUGCUGGACACGAGGUCGAGGUUCAGAGGGAGGAAAGGAUACUGAGGAGACCACAUGCCGCCAGCAGCCGUGCGGCUGCGCGCGUUUGCCUUGUCGAAAUGAACGCCGCCGUUGGUGUGCGUGUCCGUGAUGGAUCACACGUCUUCAGAGUUUGAGAGAACCACUAACUUCUCAGAAAUACAAACUCAUGAGCAGCGUGCAAACAGGACGUCUGUCGUAAGCAUCCAUUCCUUAGAAAAUACUUUUGUUGUUAUGAGUAUGUUGUGGGAUUAAAAUUAUGCAUAAAGUCCAAGUUA